GGUGGGGCUACAUAAAUCUGCAAAAUAUUUGUUGAUCAUAUGACUCACUAGCACUAAUCAUAUGUCUGCUUCAGUGCAUAGUUCUAGCAUUCCCUCCCCUGGCCUCAGAGUAUACAGCCAUAUAAAUUGACUUCUCUAUCAUGGAUCCCAACGCCCCUCCACCCUACCAAGCUGUUGAACACCCACAGGUGAAAGCAACGGACGGUGUCACAAUCAUACAAACACAGCCUACCUAUGGUUCUUUUCCAAUCGUAUUUGCAGACGUCCCUGUGACCUUUACUGAUGCUCAAGGCAAACAGGUUCAAACACAGCUGGAAUAUCGCAUCGGAGGCAUGACUUGGAUUGUUGUGAUGAUUGUUCUCAUUCUGGGAAUGAUGUUCCUAUUUCCUCUGCUUUGUAUCUGCAUACCAUGUUGCAUGAAGUCCACUAGAGAUGUCUAUCACAUCAAUCCAAAUGACGGAAGCAUUGUGGGGAUAUACAGAAGAAUGUCAUAAACCCAUUAUCCUUGUGUGCAUGUACAACCAUUAAGUUAUGUGUUUUAUCUGUUUUAUCUCCUUGUACACAAAUUUAAUUGUCUCGCGGAAGCCAGACCCAAACAUA